ACCAGGUCCAACAGACCGGCCGGCUCACGAUUUAACAACCUUGCUGUGUUAUCCUUUCCUGGGAAAUCUUCAGCACACAGCCACUCUCUUUACGAAAUUACAAGCGCCGCUCUCUCUCUUGUUAAAUUAACGUCAAACCAUUUAAAAUUCGAAACUCUCCCAUUCGAUUCAAUCCUUUCCUUUCCUAUACAGUACGAAAGUCAGAUCCACAUAUCACAUUCCCCUAGUCGUUCUAGUCUUCCAAGUUCUACCUUCAAUAGAUCUCGCAUUUCGCGAGAGAGAUUUGGAUUGGAGAUAUAGAAAAAUUCUGGGGAAUUACAGACUGCUGGUCUGGAUCGAUCAUUGGUUUUCCUAAUCAUUCCAUUCCAGUAAACUAGGAGAACGACAAUGGGGGCAUACAGGGCCGACGACGAUUAUGAUUACUUGUUCAAGGUCGUGUUGAUAGGCGACUCCGGCGUCGGCAAAUCUAAUCUCUUGUCCAGAUUUACCAGGAACGAGUUCAGCCUCGAAUCCAAAUCCACGAUUGGCGUCGAAUUUGCGACUCGCAGCAUCCACGUCGAUGACAAGGUCGUCAAGGCCCAGAUCUGGGACACUGCUGGCCAAGAAAGAUACCGGGCAAUCACCAGUGCAUACUACAGAGGUGCAGUAGGUGCAUUGCUUGUCUAUGAUGUCACCCGGCAUGUUACUUUUGAAAAUGUGGAGAGGUGGUUGAAGGAGCUCAGGGAUCACACAGAUGCAAACAUUGUGAUCAUGCUUGUCGGGAACAAAGCGGAUCUGAGACACCUUCGUGCUGUUCAAACUGAGGACGCCAAAGCAUUUGCCGAGAGAGAGAACACAUUUUUCAUGGAGACAUCUGCACUGGAGUCCUUGAAUGUCGAGAAUGCAUUCACUGAGGUGCUGACUCAAAUUUACCGGGUUGUCAGCAGGAAGGCACUUGAUGUUGGGGAUGACCCAGCAGCCUUGCCCAAGGGACAGACCAUUAGUGUGGGAAAGGAUGAUGUAUCCGCCGUCAAGAAAGUUGGGUGCUGCUCGGCCUAAUAGUUUGAUAGUAAUGGAAAAAGGUGUUGCCGGUAUGAGUUUCUGAUUAAGAAUUUUGCAAUUUCUGGCUUUGGAGAGAGAACAUGGUUUCUGAAGUACAUACCAGAAUGUAUUCUCAGUUCUCACUCUCGUAUGUGGAAUGCUCGGAUGGCAAACUGUAGUUUGAUGGCUAGAAAAGGAAGAGAAGUUAUAGAGUCGUGAAGAGAAGCUUUAAGGGUUGAGAUCGUAGAGACUUUCACCUUUGGUUUGCAUUUCCCUUGUCGCCUGAAAUAUCCCUACCGGCCCUCUGUAUGGCCUUUUCAUUUGGAUAAUUUUCUCAUUUGAAGUGCUGUGAUUUGUAGUCAGUUUACGACGAUCCCCGUUCUUAAGCACACUUUGUUGGUGCAAUUUAGUAAGUAAGCGAAUUAAUUAUGUUCAAAUGGAAUCUGCCGUUUUUGUGUUACAUCUUCUAAUAUCGGAGUCUAAAUAUCGAUUGCAAGGAAUUAACAACACGUACGGACCUGUGCUCUUUCCGUUUC